CCGGAAAUCACGUGUGCAGAUUCCAGCCACAAUCCACCUGCGCGAGCGAGCUAACGUUAGUGGACUUCUGAUGCUACGGGAGACUGGCGAAAGAAGAGUGACCGUUAAACAUUACAAGUCGGGGGAAAAAGUUGUUUUUAUGCCCACACGUGUAACUAGAUUGUGGCUAAAAAGCAGAUCAAUGGAUUUCAGUACGUUCUGCCUGUGUUUAAUCAAUGUUAUUCUCCUCGCAGGCUCAGCCUGUGGACUACAGAUCACCUCCACUGGCCCCACAUCCAUUGAGAAAGCCAGUGGAGAGACCGUGAAGCUGGACUGUCAGUUCACUCUUUCUGCUGAGGAUUCUGGGCCUCUGGACAUUGAGUGGAGCCUGCAGCCCUCUGACAACCAGAAAGAAGAGAAAGUGUUGAUUGUGUACUCAGGUGACCGAGCCUUUGAACACUAUUACGAACCUCUUAAAGGAAGAGUUCACUUCAACUCCCCUGACCCUAAAAACGGUGAUGCCUCCAUGAACAUCAUGGGUCUGAAAGCCACAGACACGGGGACCUAUCAGUGCAAGGUGAAGAAGGUUCCUGGCAUCGGCAGCAGGAAGUUCCUCCUUACCAUCAUGGUGCGCCCCUCUAAACCCAGAUGUUAUGCAGAGGGUCAGACUUAUGCGGGGAAAGAUAUGGUGUUGAGGUGUAGCUCUGUGGAGGGCACACAACCACUGCAGUACAUUUGGGAAAGAACCACAGGCAAUAAACUACUGCCGCCCCUGGCAGUCCCGGAUCCAGUCGGGGGCACCAUGAGUCUGAGAAACGCAACCGAGGCAGCUUCAGGGACGUACAAAUGUAUUGCUAAAAACCGUGUUGGAACAGAAGAGUGUUUGGUGGAGGUCAAUAUCACACAACCUCCUAACAAUGCCGGCACCAUCGCAGCUGUAGUAAUCUGCAUUUUACUGUUUCUCAUUCUCCUCGCACUCCUCCUCUUCUGCUUCUGCCGUGCCCGCAACAAGAAGAAGUACGAGAAGGAGAUUGCCUAUGAGAUCAGAGAGGAUGUCCCUCCUCCAAAGAGUCGUGUUUCUACCGCACGCAGUUUCACCAGCGUGGGCAGCCAGCGCUCCUCUCUGGGCUCCAUGUCUCCUUCUAACCUGCACGAGUACACCAAGACCCAGUAUGACAAGAUACCCUCUGAUGAGUACGAGAAGCCCCCUAGUCAAGCCCCUAUUCCCACACCCAGCAGAAUGGCCGGCCCCAACCUGAGCCGCAUGGGGGCCAUCGCUGUCAUGGUCCCUGCCCAGAACAGGGAUGGUUCCAUUGUGUAAAGCUGAACUGGGAUCAUUCUCCACACAUUUUGACUGUCACUAUUUUAUUCAUUGUUCUAGUGGGAUUUGUGAAGGAGCAAAUAAAGGUCUCUGCAGAGAUCGCAGUGAGUUGAACUCAGCUUGUACCAUCUCUGAUAAUACAAUUUGACUUACAAACCUUCAACAGAUGUUAACAAAAACUUUAUUCAAUGGGAUGUGGAAAGGUGACUUAUUCGCCUGCUAUUGUUUUGUUUUUUUUUAAAUAGAGGGCCCUAUAGAAUAUAAGACACUUGAAUUGUUUUCCUAUUAAGUGUUCUCCAGAGAUUAAAUUAAACCCAUUGAACUAAUUGAAUUGCAUGUAGUACUACCUAUAGCUCUUGGUUUUAGAUGAGAACCCUCAAGCUAUUUGUGAUUCUUUUUGCUGAUUUUAUCAAUUUGCAUCAUUUUAACAUUUUUAGGCACCUUUAAACCACUUAUCUAUGACAGUUAUUAUCUCUUUAUGCUACAAAAGCCUGGAAACAUUUACUCAAAGGUCUGUGGAAAAUAUGUGGGUUGGUUUUGGUUUCUGGAUGAUAUUGUUUUUAAAAAAGAUAAGAGUUUGUUUAGAUUUAAAAUGUACAUGUGAUGUGUAUAUAUGAACAUGAGAUUGUUUUAUCUGAAAAUGAACUAAUACUGGAACUCGUAACCUGCUUUGAAUUUAUUAUUUUUUUGGACCAUUUGGCAGUUGUAAACCCCCAUCAAUACGUGUCGGAGUGAUUCGUGUUCAAGUCUCUGAUUUGUUGUCUGCUUAUAGAUUUUUAAAAGUCUUUUGAAUGUUUAUGAAUAUUGUAUUGAUUAGGAUUAGUCUUAACACUCUCAAGUCACCAUAUCAACCACCGUGAGUGUCAUCAUUCUUGAGGAAAUAGUGUUUCUUGUCAUUUGGGUUACUGUGUGUCAUCCCGCAGGGUCACCCUAAUGUUCACACUGUGCCUUUUUUAACUUUGGGUGUAAUGAGUUGGUGUCGCUGGUGGGUCCAUGUCAGCAGUAAAUAACACAUGAAUGAUUACAAAACAAUCAUAAUUUGCAUAAUACAUUUUGAUUGAUAUGCUGCGUGUCUGUUGUACACAAAUAGCAGCCUUUUCAUGAUCUGCUUGUCUUUUGACCAGGGUUCCAAUUGAAUGUGUAAAUAUAUUUACUGUAAUGUUGG